UUUUAAUUUAUGGAUUGAUUAUUAUACUAAUUUAUCGAGAAGGAAAUACUUUGAAUUAUUUAUCACAGGAAUGUGGCAGUAAAUCAGAAUGGGGCCCAUGGCGUUGUCCUGGUAUAGGAACAAAAUGUACUGCUAACAUUGCAAGACGUUAUAAAUGCAUCGGUAGAAAUUGUACAAGUGAUAGUCUAUGUGCUAAACUUGAAAAUCAUACUCAAUCAGAUUCCUGCGUAAAAGUUCUUCAACGUGGUGAAUGUGAACCUUGGUGGACGAAUUGGUCAUCGUGGUCUAAAUGUACAACAACUUGUGGAUUCCAUGAAAAACAUCGUUCCCGGUUUUGUACAGGAGCUUUUAAUUAUAAUAGUUAUAAACUUAAGAAUACACGAAGUUGAAAAAGUCUCUUGUCCUGUAAGUCGCCUAUGUUCAGCUAUUAAUGGUGGUUGGAGUCAAUGGAGUGAAUUCACUGAAUGUUCUGUUACAUGUGGCAUAGGAAAACGUGUUCGACGACGUCACUGUGAUCAUCCUAGACCACAAGAAGGUGGAUUAUACUGCAUGGGAACUGACCACCAAGAGGUAUUCUGUGAAGGUUAUUUACCGUGCCCACGAAAAGGACAGUGGUGCUCUUGGUCACCAAUCAUUCAACAUUGCACACGUAAUUGUGGACCACGUGGGAUGGGAUUACGAUUACGCCAGUGUGCUUGCCCGAAGCCGUCGCAAGGUGGUGAAGACUGUGAAAUACCACCAGAAACAGCAGAAAUGGCAGUUAAUCUAUUGGUUAAUAACAGUACUGACGCUCCAACGGGAUCUGCACUUGAAGCAAUACUUAAAGGUGAAGGAUUAUGGGAACCAUGCAACCGUCAUCACUGUUCAUAUUUAAAAACAUUAAAUACUGAAGAAGAUUUAUUAUUGUUGGAGGAUUUAAAUCUUCAAAGAGCAGAAGAUGCCUGGACAUCAUCAGGUGGUCUACCACAGAGAAUUCAUGGUCCCUUAAAACUUUUCUGUCCAUCAUCACGUAAUUCUCGUAAGAAAAUAUUCGAUAAAUCUGAACGCUUUCCAAAAUCCAAGUUUUACUGGACUCGUUCAAUUCCCACUUCUUCAAAAGAACCCUAUUAUAUUCCGGGAAUACCAAUAGUGAAUUCAAAUCUAUUUAUCGUUGAAAAUGAUCACUUGACUAUUCAUAGUUUAGACCCAUCGACUAUGGGAAUUUAUCGAUUUGGUUACGAGUAUGAACCUGGCUAUUUUGAAACAGUUUGCUUUUUUCCUGUUUAUAUUCAUCAAUGGCAACAAGUAUUAUCUCAUGGAGAAACAUUUGACUUAGUUUGUAAUUCAUUGGGAUUAUGGCCUAUUAUAAGUAAAUCUACCACAACAAAAUGGUUCAUUUAUUGGAAUGUAACUUUAUUGGAAAAAGAAGAGCAGAAUGAUAUAAAAAACCAUAAAUUAUGGUGGUAUACAGAACUGAAAAAUUCUCAUAUCGAUAAACAUGAAGGAAAUAAUUCAUUUGACAAUCAAACUGAUAAUCCAUCAAUUUUUGGAACACAAUUCACAUUAUGGGAUACAGAAUAUAAGAGACUGUAUGAUACUGUGAAAAAAAUGACAGGAUAUUAUGAAUGUCAUAUAUUCAAUCAACUUAAUUCCACAUAUAACCGAACAUUUAUCACGCAAUCAAUUCAUCUUAUAAUAAAACCACCUCCAAAUAUAUGGACCUUAGUGAAAGGCUGGUGUUUACAGCAUCAAAUAAAUUUAAUAAUAUUAUUUUUGAUAAGUAUAAUAACAAGUCUUUCAUAUGCAACUUAUAAAUGGACAAUAGCAAAGAAAUUAUCAAAACUAGAAAUUCAAAUGAAUGAAACAAGAAAGCAUAGACAAAGUACCAAUUUCGAUGACAUUUACAUUAUCAACUAGUUUCGACUAUUUGGUAACAAACAUGCUUUAAUGCAAUCGAAAUGAAUUCAGUUUGACUGAGUUUGUUUGAAAGUAACAGUUCAAGAGCAAUUAUACUGUAUAAAUAACGUAACAACAGGAGAGCUAAAUAAACUAUUAUCAUGAAAGGUAAUAUUAAAAUGUAGAAAUGCGUUAAUACAUUAAUUGCUUAUAUAGAAAAUGUAAUUUUAUUUACAAAAA